AUGGUUGUGCAAAUACCAAGCGUUAAGCUCGCCACUGGUGCGGAUCUUCCCCUAUUUGGGCUAGGCACAUGGUUGGCCGACGAUCCGCAAUCUCUAACGGAUGCGUUACGUGCGGCACUGGAUGCCGGCUAUCGCCUUAUCGAUACGGCCUACGUGUACGGGAAUGAAGCAGUUAUUGGAAAGGUGCUCAGUGAAUACAUAUCAGCUGGAAAGUUGAAACGUUCCGAGUUGUUCAUCACGAGCAAGCUCCCAUAUCUGGCUCAUUCUCCGGAUGAAAUUGAAGCGAUGGUUGCCGGUCAAUUGAAGGAUCUUCAAACGGACUAUUUGGAUCUGUAUCUGAUACAUACGCCAUGUCCUUGCAAACAUCAACCUGGAAAUAAGCACGGUGAUUAUCAUGCGUUGUUGGAGAACGGACGAGUGGUGCCGGAUCUGAUCGAUCAUCUGGACACGUGGAAAGUUUUGGAGAAACUCUUCAAAGAAGGCAAACUCAAAGCGAUUGGAGUAUCAAAUUUCAAUCAGAAACAGAUUCAGCAUCUCCUCGACCACGGCACUGUACAGCCACACAAUUUGCAAGUGGAAACGCAUAUCUAUUGGCCUCAGAACGAGCUGUUCGAGUUUUGUAAGAAGCACAACAUCACGAUGACUGCAUAUGGACCAAUAGGAUCACCGGGUCGGCAAGCGUUCAGACCUGAGGGCACAUGGCCCGAAGGGGAGCCAAUGAAGGAUCCCAUCGUUGUAGAUUUGGCUAAGAAAUAUAACAAAACUCCUGCUCAGAUUCUGUUGCGUCAUAUGGUACAACGCGGUAUCUCGACGAUUCCGAAAAGUACAAAAGCGGAACGCGUACGCGAGAACAUAAACAUUUUCGAUUUUGCGUUGACCGAUGAUGAGGUGAAGCACUUCAGUGAACAUCCGUUCUAUCCGUUCGAUGAUGUGGAUAAGUCGAAACUCAAAGAAGUUCAUCUCACUUCGUUCUAA